CCUAGUUUCCUUCGCAGAAAGUCCUCAAAACAGUUCUACUCUUCCUUCUCCAUCUCCGUUGUUUCUUCAUUUAAAUUCACUAGUAUUUUCUACACUCUUUACCCUUCAACUUUUUCCAACAACUCUUCCAAUAAAGAAGCCUAUAUAGUUAUUAAACACCAAACAUCAAAACCAUAUAGAUCAAUCUAAUGUCAUUUCUCUCUUCAACAAAACCAACAUCCAAAAAGAUCACAACAAAUCUUUGAACUCUUCAUCCAUGGAUCAAAAAGUAGAUUGGUCUCAACUCCCUACAGAGUUAUUGCCUAAGAUAGGAAAAUAUCUUGAUGAUCACAUAGAUGUCCUUAGAUUUCGCAGCGUUUGCAAAUUAUUUCGAUCUUCCAUUCCUCCUUCUCUUCCAAAUUCUCCAUCUUUUCCUUUACAAAUACCUCAGCCCCUCAACAUAUCCCUUAACAGCUACCUCUACCAAUCAACCGUUUAUCUUAUUGAACUAACUGAUGCAAGUUCUAACUCCAAUUUAGCAUCUUCUUCUUCUUCUUCCAAAGGUUGGUUGAUUAAGGUACUAGAAUCAAAGAAUCAACCUUUGAGUUUGUUGAGUCCUAUCUCUGAUCGAAAAUUAUCCUACCCUCUAAGCAUUAACAACAGUUCGCUUAUGCCAUUGAAUUUGUUAAAUUAUAGAGCCACUCAACUAUGCAAAUCUUAUACAGUUGAAAAGCCUAUACGUUUCUCAAGUUCUGUAAGCAAAGUUGUGUUCUAUCCUAACUCUCCUUGGAAUGGUGUUGAGGAUUGUGUUUCUUGUUAUAUAUUUGAAGAAGGUAAAUUAGGAAUCAUGAAACACAGAGAUCAAAAAUGGAAUCUUGUGGAUGACAAGAAUUUCUACUAUGAUGAUGUUAUUGUGUUCAAGGGUCAGUUUUAUGUUACUGAUAAAUGGGGAACUAUUUCAUGGAUUGAUAUUUCUUCCUUGAAGUUGAUCCAAUUUUCACCUCCUUUGUGUGGCUUUGGAAACAAGAAGUAUUUGGUGGAAUCUUGUGGGAGUCUUUAUGUUGUUGAUAGAUACUAUGAAAGUGAAAACAUGAGAAGAAACUAUGUUGGAAGACAGCACGAUCGAGAUGAUGUUGUGGAAAGUUUCAAAAUUUAUAAGUUGGAUGAAGAAUGGGGAAAAUGGGUUGAUAUGAAAAACUUGAGUGAUAGAGCUUUCAUUUUGAGCAAAAGCUGUAACUUUUGUGUUUCAACUAAAGAAUUAAUUGGAUAUGAAGGGAACUGCAUCUAUUUUAGGGAUAGUUUUGAUGUUCUUAUGUAUAAUUUGGAUGAUCGUAAAAUCAGUACCGUUGAUUUUAAUCCUUGCAUUGACAAGACUUUAUGGUGUCAUGCACCUUGGCUGAGAUGUUAGAGGACAUAACAGGUCUAGCCAUUGAGCUUCAAAGGUAUGUCCUUAUAUGUCUUUGGUUAAUGAAUUUCAAAUACAUUGGUUAACCAUGUAACCAUUCCUGUAUCAAUACUGAAAUGUAGUUUGUCAUUCCAACAGUUAAGAUAGUCUAUAUGAUGAAGAAUGCUCAUCCCUAAUGAAGUUCAUAAUGUAGAGUUAGAGACUACUGAUUUCUAAGUGAUCUUUGUUCUGCUACAGUUAUAUAGUGAGAUUGAACUAAAAUUUGUAAUUUGAGGAUGCAAGGCUAUCUCCAUGAUUUCUUGAUACACUCCGGCUGGUUUCUUUUUCAGCUGAGGUUUUAGUGGCAAUGCACAUAAUUAUAUUUCCAUAGUGCCGGAUCAAUAUUGCUAAUAAUGUAUAUUAUAACUACACUAAUUAAUUUGAAGAAUAAAUGUGUCUCAGCAUUACCUUGGCAGAUUCAUGAUCAAAGUAUGUUUGCAUAAGCAUCACUCACAUAUGGGUUGUAUUUCAUUACACCAAACUUGAUUGAUCUUGCGGUCAAUUGAAAAUCGUUCUUUUUCUUCUGCCUGUUGCCAAAAUGAUAACAAAAUUGAAGUAUAUAGUAAUGAAAGGGUAAAACAAAGCCAUAAACCAUUUGCAGAGAGAUUAACAUUGAACACCAUUUAGGUUUCACCUAAGAUGCUUCAAAAUUUCAAAAUCAAAGUACCAAACACAUAAUAAACGAAUAAGCGGACCUGAAAACCAGGAAAUGAAAGAAAAAACAGAAGAAUAUGAUGAUUUUUUCAAUUUCAAAAUACCGCUAGAAAAAAAAAAACUAAUCAAUGCGGUGAGCGUGGAUCGAACACGCGACCUUCAGACCUUCAGAUCUUUGUUUUUUCUUCUUUAAUCUCUAAAUUAUAUUUAUUUAUUUUUUGUGAAAAAUAAUUAGGUUAGUUGAAACCAAGGAAAAUGGCAGAGCUCUAAUGGUAAAUGGUAAAUGGUUUGUUUGGAAUGAAUGAUGUAGAGGAGCCAAAGAGUGAAGAGAGAAAAAGAAAAGAAAAUUGAUGAAUCGGCUUAUUGACACACAAAAGAAAUAGUAAAAAGAUUACAAAUUAGUUGGGGUCCACAUGCUAAUUUGUAGCACUUUUAAGAACUCCAAAUAAAGACUUAAACAUACAUAUCUCCAAUAUAUGCUCCUGAGACUUUUUAUUUUAUUUUUACAAUAAUAAUAAAAUUUAUUUAGGUUCCUUGGAGAUGAAUUAUGCAGACAUUGGGAGAAAAAUUGUGUUUUUUUUAAAGCAAAAGUAAUUUAAUUGAUAACCAAACAAGACAUAAAUUAUGCCAGGAACACAAAAUUCCCUGUACCAGUACAAACAUAAGCAAACAGAUCUUUGAGCUAAAAACACCCACCUAAACUACAUAAACAAAUUAAAUAUACACCCAGGGGCGCCUGCCCGGGCUCAACCUCUAUUUUCUUUAUCUCCACCCAAUUUAAUAGACGAUUU